AUGGUUGAAAGGGAUGAUAGUCAAGAGUGUUGGCUUAUCAUCAAAUGUACCAUGAUUGAUAUCAAAUUGCACCUCAUUAAAUAUGUGAUUGAGAAGUUGAUGAAUUUUCGCUUGAUAAAGGAGAUCAGGAACAACGACGAUGAGAAGCUUUUUAUGGAUUUAGAGUCAAGGUGGUCUGAUGGAACAUCACAUCAUCUCGCAUGUGGUAAUUUGAUGGACAUGUGUUACACACUUGUAGGAUCUUUGUGGCUACAGGAACCUAUUGCUGAAGCCCUUUUGCUUAUCACUUCAAUUGUUUUGCCCCUCUAUUCUAGUGUAAGUAUGAGCUAG